CACCGCUCGGCCCGAUAGCGUGCUCGGCUUUUCCGAUCCGGCGGUCUUUGUACCAAGUAUUAUCUCAGUUCCGCCGAGAAAUCCGGGAAAAGUGCCGCUUGGUCCGCUCGACGUCGUGCCCCCGGUGUUUUUCGCGUCAUCCUCCCCUCCCCCGGAAAAUCAACCCUCGAAUCGAUUUGUCCACCCCUUGUUCCGAAAUUUCGAUUGCACGAAAACACCGCGUCGGUGUCCCCCCGAAAAUCCCGCGAACCCCCGAGAUUUCGACUCUCCUCCAACGCGACGGCCGGUUCUCGUUCGGUUUCCCGAUUCUCGACCGGUUUCCAAACCGGUUCUCGUUCGGUUUUCCGAUUCUCGACCGGUUUCCAAACCGGUUCUCGUUCGAUUCGCCCCGAAGUGGCUCUCCUCCGAGUGACGUCAUCCCGACAUGGAUUACAAGCAGUCGCACCGGUUUUCGAGUUGGCUCCUCUUUUGGAUUUUGAUCGGAUGCCGCUUCCGAAACAGGUCUGCUUUUCCGAAUAUGUGAUACCCGAGGAUCGGGGGUUUUCGGGUUGUGUUCGACCGAGUGGAUUGGUUCUGCACCUCAGUGUCCUGUGUUCUCCUGCGAAAGCUACCCACAUCCAACACCAGUAUUUUUUCGAUGUUGUCCUAGCGUGUCUCGGAGCGGACACGAAUGCGUUCAUGAAUCUUCUGACGAGGAAGUGCGUAAAACGAUUGAUAAAAUGAAACAGUUCGCGAACUCUGUUGAAAGGCAGGAUUCUCAAAUGAAUUUUAAUUCAAUGCCCUGAAUAAAAAAUUAAAACCUUUACCUAAGUUGUUGAUAAAGUAAUGAACUUGAAAAUUCGUUCUGUUGAAAAGCUACGCAUUUACUGAAUUCUACCAUUUCGGCAACUCUGCUUAAGUUGUCGACUGGAGAAUACAAGCAAUAUGUAUCAUGCGAAGCGGAAUGUGGAGCUAAAAUUUGAUCUGAUCUCGAGGGGCGUGCCGCACGCCUACCGGCGGUACAAAUCCCUGCGACGGUUCGACGGCGGAAAGCACAAAUGACGACGCCAUUGUGAUUACAAUGGGCGACAGGAUGAAGCCGAUCAUACGGAGAGGUUCAUCAGGUGCUAAGCACAAAGUGAUCACGCACAAGGUGCCCAAGUCCCGGACGGUCGUGCACGAGUUGGAGGUCCAUCGCGAGCACCCGAAAGAGGAGAAAACCUCCAAGGGCAAAAGCGAUCCCGCCAGCCCGAAAGAAAGCGUGAAAGAAAAGCGGACGAAAGGGCAGAAGCUGGAGCGAUGGCUGCUCACGCGGAAGACAUGGCGCUACAUGGCCGACGCCGGGCGGAAGCUCAUCCCGGACGGGGCGCACAACCGCCUGGAAGACAUUCCCAAGAUCGAGGCCUACUUCCAGGAGGUCUGCCACCGGGAGCCCCGCUUCCUCCUCUGGCGCAAGCAGUCCUAUCCUGGAGCCCUCGGCUUCCGAUCUCGCGGCCGGAGCCGGGGGGGCCGACUCAAGAAAGGCGGGAGCUGCCGGGACAAGACGACCAGCUCCGCCGACGAGGCCGAGGACGUCGCCGCCCGAACCAACUUGGGCCUCCUGGAAAUGACCGCCACCUCUGGAGGCCGCUUCGAUGUCCAGAAACUCAAGCGAGACUUCCUCCAAGGUACUACCAAAUUGCCCACAGCGCCGACCCCGGCGCCCCCUUCCGAGUCCUCCGAGUCGCUUAGCAACGUCGAGGAGGACGCCCUCCUACUCAGCACCGUCCAGAUGUACCUCAACGAGAAAGACUCCACGAACGCCGCGGAGAUCUCGCCCGCCCAGCGCUCCAUCAACCACACGGAGCUCUUGGAGAAGCUCCGAGAGCACCUCAACACCAUCGACAAGAUCGCCUCGAAGGAUCGACGGACCCACCGCGCCAGCGUCCACUUCGAGGGUGACAAAACCCAGCUCAUGCUCCUGGAGACCCUCCGGCGGCACUUCAGCAAGUCCACGUCCAAGGAGCGGGUCAUCAGCGACCUGCUCACCGACAGGAAGCUCUUGGAGCGGCUCUACUUCGACCUGCGCAAAGCCCGCGGCUUCACGGCCGGCCGGCGGGGCACGGGGCUGGUCGUCCCGGGCGGCUACAGCAACCUCACCUCCUGGCAGCCCUCGUGGCGGCUCGACUUCGACGCCGCCGGUAACGGAGUCUCCGAGUUCCUCGAGAAGGUGGACGAAGUCAAGUCCACCACCAAGGAGGAGGAGAAACCGGAGGCCAAACCCGAGCCGAAGGCCAAAGAGGCCGGCACCCAGACGGAGCCCAUCUCGAGCAGUCUCCAGGCCUACAUCGAGGACGAGCUGAGGAAGCUGAAAGCGAUGAAACAAGAAGCCGAAGAGCCCAGGGAGCUCAUCUCGCCGCGCUCGCCAACUGGUACGGUGACCAGACGAAGCAGUGUCGACAACGAUGAUAUAUCGCCGUCGGUGAGCGACACGAUCCGACGGUACCUGCGGAUGGCCCGGAAGAAGAGCAUCGACUCGGACAAGGCGGACCGGUUCAAGCGGGUCAACUACGACAAGAACAUCCGGAACAUCAAGUCGAAGGGGGACAUCCCGCCGGUGUCCGACCUGGACGAGUUCAACAAGAACGAGCAGACGGAGGAGUCCUGGGUGUCCGUCCUCAAGGACUUCAAGCUCAGCGAGGAGUUCCCGAGUUCUCGGAGCAGCUUCGACGUCACGACAGCGACGUCAACGACGGAGCUGGACGACACUCUAUCGCCGCCUCUCUCGCCGGCGAGCCUCGUCAAGUCUCCGUCCGGGAUUCUGAGCUCCGGACAGAGCUUCUUGUCGAACCUUUUGCACGGCUUGCACCCUUCCCACCCGAAUGUGACCAACUCUCCUUGUGUGUCGACAGCUCCGCCCGGCGGUGGUUCCGGUGGUGGAAGUUCCGGCUCCCCCGGCAUGCAAAAGGCGUCCAAGUCCACCUCCAACAUGGUCCAGCAGGGCAGCCGCCUCGUCUCCAAGAAGAUCUGGAAGUCCCGAUCCAAGAGCCAGCCUCGGAUAGCUGUCACCGUCACGCCUUUCUGGUCGCCCCACCCGCAGAUGAAGAACACGUGGGUGAACUCCGCCGGCGUCCAGGUAACACUAGCGGAUACUACGAUUCUGCAACUGACGGAGAUCGAGCGAAGAGUGCUCCAGAAGGUGGCUUUGGCAAAAUUGCAAGCUCUGAACCUAGGCGUCAGCGUGAAAAUUCCAUCAGAGAUCGUGGCUGCCCCAAGGAAACGGCGACCCUACUUAAUGAAGCGGAAAGCUCUGACGACCGGGAUUUUCGAACCAAGUCGGAACAAAGAUGAGUGGGGAAAAGAUGAAAAAGUGUCCGGGUCUGGACUGGUUUUUGGUAUACCUCUAAGCCAGUGUGUCGAAAACGAAAGGAAGGCCAAGAUGACGUCAUCAACACCUGGAAUCAGUCCCUCAACGCCGACGUCCGAUACGGACUUCCGGCGGAAGUCCCUCCACGGUAGUCACCCUAGUUUCCAAGCUCUAUCCGACGUCCCCAGCUCAGCUCGAUUUGAGAGGAAAGGAUCGACGGAGAGCUUGAUGUCUCAAACUUCAAACAUUCCACUCGCACUGGAUUCCAUGAAUGUGAUGAGCUCCUCGGAGCUGGCCUCUGUGCUGGGGGAUCAGCCCUUCGACCCUGGGGUCCCCAACAUCGUCCUCACCUGCCUCAACGUCAUCGAGCAGCAGGGACUCAACACCGAGGGCGUUUUCAGGGUCGGCAGCUCGAAGAACAGGGUCAGGCAGAUGCGGGAGGAGUUCGACUGCGGUCGGGGAAACGAGUUGCUGGCCAAUCAAGAAAUUUACGUUCACGACGCUGCAACAUUGCUCAAGGAAUAUUUAAGAGAGCUGCCCGACCCUCUCCUUUGCAAAGACCUGUAUCCAGCUUUCAUUAAUUCUCAACGACUCCAGAGUCAAAGACUUCAAAUAGAGUCAAUUCAGCAUUUAUUACAGUUACUACCGGCAGUGCACCGAGAUACACUUUGGCAUUUACUUCGUGUCUUAGUUAGCGUAGCGAAUAAUUCCAAAGACCACAAAGACACUAAAGGUUUAAUGGUGAAGGGGAAUAAAAUGGAUGUUAGCAAUCUGUCGACGUUAUUUGCACCAAACAUCCUAUAUAGUGAUAAGGAUCAAAUUUCCGGGAAAUACGCUUUAAGCCCUGCCGGUGCCGAGGAAAGGGCGGACGCAAUUAACGUAGUCAGAUUCCUGAUCGAACGCCACAAAGAACUCUUUGCGCUCUCGGCAGAUUUGCUUAACGAGGUGUACCUCCACAUGAUGGAUAGUAACCCGGAGGAGCUGGAUCAACUGUUGAGGGCGAGGAUACCCGUAUCUGAGGUGUUAUGCGACCCGGAGAGCGAGGCGACGGACGAGGUGGCAUUGGCGAGCGAGGCGUUCUACGAGCUGGACGGGAACUCGGUGGACUCGGUGCCGUCGAUGACGUCGUUCGGGGAGGACCAGCCGCGCUCGCCGCCGGGCACCGGGACGCUCAGCUCCGGCGCCGAGACCCUCGACAGGGACACCAGCUCCAAGUCCCCGCUCUCGCCCUCCUCCUCGCCGAGCAGCAGCACCCUCGCCGGCUCCACCUCCGAGAAGAAGCUCUGGUCCAGGGAGGAGUUCCUCCACGAGAACGCCGGCACCGGCGGACCCCGCGAAGUCGACGCCCGCAGAAGGCACGAGAGAGUAGCAGAGCGGGCUAAAAGACGAUCUAGAGACGAAACCCGGCGGCCGGAUGGACUAUCCUUAAGGAAAUCAUCAUCAUCGCACCCAGAUGACGUCAGGUUAGCGGACUUCGGACGUCGCCCCAGCGCUCAUUUCCAGCAGAGUAAUGGGAGUGAAGACUUGGGAGAUGCUAUUACAGGAAGUUUGAAAAUAUCGGCUCCGAGAGGACCGUCGACGACGUUAGCGCUAAAUUUAGACGAUAGUGAUAUUCCUUACAUAGAAGACUCCGGACACAUAUCAGCUGAGAGUUUGAGGCAGUCAACUCAUGAUAGUUGUCGACUACCAGUGCAACUGCUCUCGAUGCGUGGGAAACUGCCAACGGACAGCGAUUCCUCGUCAACAUCUCCACCUUACUACUUGUCCACGCCGCAGCAACUGAGCCCGGGCUACGAGGCCCACGGUGUGAGCAGCCCCCCUGGGAACACAACCUCCUCCGUCUGCAGCCUCAGCUCCGGCUCCGAGCUGGGCCUCACCUCCCCGCCCUCGUGGGCCUCCAGCCCGCCCAACUCCCCCGACUCGGCCAUCUCCUCCGUCAACUACAUCCCCGAGCCCAUCGUCUCCCGCAUCGUUAUCCCGCCAGAGAAGCCAGCCCGCUCCUUCGUCUAUAAGAUCUCCUCGGGCAAGGAGGAUAAAAACAAGGUGGCGAAGAGUGCGUCCUCGUCAGCGGUGUCGAGCAGCUCGUGGUCGGUGGGCAAGAAAGCGGCGCCGAAGAGUCAAGAGCGGGCGCCGGCGAGCAUCUCGAGCAUCGGCGGGGCGGUUCUCCGCUCCAAGACGGCCGACAUCGAGCGGAUGCUCGGCUCCGGCUCCGGCUCGGGGGCCGCCGCGGGGCCCAAGAGCAGCGGGAGCGGCAGGAGCUACGUGGACACGCGCCACGCCACCAAGCAUUUAAUCAAGGAGGACACGUCCAGGGCCACCGCCGGCUCCGUCUCCGGACCCGUCCCCCAGGCCCGCUCCAAGAGCACCAUCUGGAAGCGCAAGGAGCUCAUCUCCAGCGAGCCCAAGAAGGAGAAACACUUCUUCUGAACCCAACCAACCACCGGCCCAUCAACAGAGCAGUAGUAUUUUUUUUUUUUUUUUUUCAAGCGAUCUUUACUGACAAAAGAUUACAAAAGCAGUGGACGUAUAAAAGUUAGACAACAGAAAACAGUGAGUAAGAAACGAAAGUUAGUAAAAAAGUUACAAAAGGAGCAACAGAAGAGGAGAUAAACGUCCAAUUUUGAUGGGGAGAAAGGAGGAUUCCUGCGCGGACGAGAGAGAGUAUCUGAAAAAGAUCUUUCGAGUACUGCCUGGAAGGGAUAUGCUGUUUAGUACACUAUACUGCCGUGCUAAGGAAAAAUGCCGUAUGAAUCU